UUAUAAAAUCAUUAUUAUAACUAUAAAAAUAACUCUAUAUCAAAUUUUAGCUUUUUUUGUACUAUCAUUUGUACUAUCAUGGGUAUUUGAAGAUAUUUUUGAAAAAUACAAUCAUUUACAAGGUUGAAGAGAACAGUGCACUAUUGCAGACUUAUAUACUGAGGUUUUAAUUACAUUAUUUUAAUAUAGUCAGUCGUGAAUUAAAGUGGGCCGGUCUAAGGCAUGAAACUCCAGGGGUGAAAAUGAGUCCCAAUCCAGCCCUGGGGAUGUCAGAUUGAUUGUGCAUCGUUAAAAGACCAAUUAUGAUAAAAUCGACUAAAUGACUAAAUAUAUCGCACACCCCUACCUUCUUCACAGUAAUUAUUAAUAACAUUUGAAAUUCAGGUGUGUAGACAUUUCUAUUUAAACUCUUGUGGGCAGUGAAACAGCAAGGCUACUCUGUUGGCGCUAAUCAAUCUACAAUAUUUUUUGGUGGCAUUUUAUUUUCUUUCACUUCAUUAACUUGAGAAUUUACAUUAUGCAUUUAUAUUAAUAGUACCCACUGCAAAAUCAUUCUGGGGCGGCCGUGGUUUAGAAGGGUCAAAGACGAAAGUGAAAGUUUGUGAUCAUCCAUCAGCAUCUUCUCCACAUUCUGUCUUGAUUGAAGAAGCAAAGAAAGGGAGAUAAACACCUAUAGACUGACAUCAGCAGAAGAGGAUCAUGGGAUGCAUCUCCAGUGUCUCGGAGUCGACGUCAGAGAGAAAGAUCGUCCUUCUUGGGAAAUCAGGAGAUGGUAAAAGCAGCGCCGGGAAUACAAUUCUUGGAGAAAAAGUAUUCAACACUAAAGCUUCGGCUUCAACCGCAAGAGAUAAAUGUCUAAAAGCAGAGAGAAAGGUUCAUGGAAGAAACAUCACAGUUAUUGACACACCUGGAGACUUUGACACAGAUUGUGAUGAUGAAGCGCUGAAAUCUGAGGCCAUCAGAUCUCUGGUUGAAUGUGCUCCAGGCGUCGAUGCCUUUAUCAUCGUCCUGAAGGUGGGAAGAUACGCAGCACAUGAAAACACAUUCAAAGAGGAGCACGUCCUGAAACACACAGUGAUCUUAUUCACUCAUGGUGAGCAACUAGAAGGCAAGACCAUUGAAGCAUUUAUGGAGGACUGUCCUCAACUGCAGGAGCUCGUUGAUAAAUGCGGAGGACGCUGUCACGUCAUCGACAGCAAAUACUGGGAUAAACGUAAACGAGGGAACAAGAGCAACAGAGUUCAGGUGAAAAAUCUGCUCAAGACCAUCGACAAGAUGGUGAACGAGAACGGCUGCUACACCAAUGAGCUGCUUCAGAAAGUGGAGGAAGACAUUCAAGAGGAGAUGAAGAAUAUAACUGAAGACAAUUUACAUCCAGAAGAGCAACGAGAAGAAGCUAAGGGAAAUGUUCAUGCCAGUUAUCAGGAGAAGUCUGCAGGAAUGGGAAUAGGGGCAGUGUUUGGUGCUCUUGUCGGCAUGAGAGCUGCUACAGAUUUAGCUCUUUGUAUUUUACAGCCGUAUGUAGCACUACAAACAGCGUUAACCGCAGCAGGUGCAGGUGCAAUUGUUGCAGGUGUGCUUGGAGUUGGAAGUUUUGCAGGAGCUGCUGUAGGAGCUGUUAUUGGAUGGAAAGCAGUAGGUGAAGCUGAAUCUGUGUGUGACACGAUAGCAAAGGCAGCAGUGGAUACCUGGGAUAAUGGAUUAUAUGUGUUUAAGAAGGCAGAAGAAAUGUGCGGUCUUAAUAGCAAAAUGGCAAAAAAAGACAUUUAAUUCAUGCUUAUAACCUGUUUAUGUCAUGCUCUUCAAGAUCUUUUUAUUGUCAGUGACAACAAGGAGACAUGACAGUUCAGCUUAGACUCAUUAGAAAAACGUCAUCAUCAAGUUUAUUACGUUGGGUUUGUACAUCACUGCAGUACUGAAACACUAAGCUAAUGCUAAUAACGUACCACCAACCAUACGCCUAAUGCUACUGACCAGAGUCCAGAGAUGAGCCCACAUGAGCCGCUCCAGAGCCCCAUCCAGCCCAGAAACCCAUAGCUCCUCCCAAACAAUUUGGGCGUGGAGGGUGGGGUUGCGUCUCCAAUAAUUGUGGCCUGGCCAAAGGUCAAGGCCACAGAGGCCAAUCCUAGAUAGUUCCCUGAGCUUCCUGUUCUUCCGAAGCCACCUGUGAUCAGCCUCCAGAGCCCCGCCCCCUCCUCUGUUGGACUGUCCUUAUACGACGAUAUUAUUAUAUAUUGUCACGUUUUGAGUUUGUCUUGUGAUCUGUUUCUCCUUCCUGUUCAUGUUUGAGUUUCUUUGUUAGUCUGGUAAUUAGUUGUCCUCUUGUUUAUAGUGUCCUCAGUUCAGGUCUUAUUAAUUAGCCUCAUUAGCUCCUCUGUUUCCUUUGUAUAUAAGCCCUCAGUUUCAGUCUCUUCUUUGUCUUGCAUUGAUGUUGUAUUAUUGUGUUUUUGGUUGUAGUUAUUCUCCUGGUUUUGUUUUCAUUUUAUUAAAAGUUUUCCAAAGGA